AUGCCUGGUCCUCGCUCGAAUAGACCCCUCCAUGCCCAAGUCGAACCCCUCCUCAUCGCCCAAUCACCCGCCGGCCCAUUCAGACACCACAUCGCCCAGGCGAGCCUUCCUCUCUGGGAAUUACUACAAAGCGCUUCUCCCAAGUCAAAAAGAGGGGAUGAACAGAUAGCAGUCUCUAUAGAUUGGCCUCAGGACGGAAGGCUAGGGAAGGGGAAGACGAGGAACUUGGUAGUUUGGGUGGAGGGUGGUAACGACGCUGAUGAGAAGAGGACGUUGUUGAUACAUCCUUCACUGUUACCGCCAGUAUGCCCAAGUCCACUGCCAGUGACGCUCCAUAUCCAUCAGCCGGUCCCUCUAAACUUGGCUAUCCUCCAGCCAGUGUACGCUUCUCCUGAAGAUACGCCGUCGACGAUACCGUCAGAAGAUGACUUUUCGGCAUUGUAUCUGGAAGAUUCUGGCUACCCCAUAAUACGGCAAAACGACAUCAUAUCACUACAUACUUCAAACAGACGGUAUCGUCUCCUCCUCCUCGAACCCGUCCAACAAGGCCACAUCACCCCGGAAACCAACAUCAUCCUCUCCUCCACCCCUUUCUACGAUCACCCUUCUUUCCUAGAUGAUGAAUUUGAAGGGGGAGAAGGCAUGAGUGAGAGCAGUUUCAACAGAACACAUAUCUCGUUGGCCAACUUUGACCCUGACGCCUUCCUGUCGGGUUCUUUGUCCCUCUCGCUUCCGAGGGAAGAUCUGCCUGAUGGCGAUUCUUUCCCCUCAUCUGAUAUAGAAUCAGAAGAGGAUCGCUUGACGAUUUCUUCCACCACAUCCGGCUCUAUCACCCCCCGGCCCAACUAUCUCAACGCUUUGACGCGUCAAUCAACACCGCCCGCGCCGGUGGAUCAAGUCCUCGGGCGUCAAUUAGACAGCCUUGGGGGGGAUGAUGAUGAAGCUGAAGAAAGGGGGGUGAGGUUUGAUGCUGUUUGGGCGGGAGGCAAGGGUGUCGAAAUUGGAGAAGGGGAAGGGAGUGGGAGUGGGGAAGAUGUUUGUUGGCUCGGUGUGGGCGGGCUGGGAAGAGCAGGGAUAUUUGAAGGUGAUUGGGUGGUCAUAAAACCCGUAGGAGAAGGACAAGGGAAUAGUAGGCUUGUGAAAGCGUUAGCUUGGGAGAGGUUGGAUCAGGUCAUACCUGAUGAUGGAUUACCUGCAAAUCCUAUUUUACUCCCACCAUUACUCUACCGAUCCCUCCUCCCCUCACUCCCUUCCUCCAGUUACAGCUCCAGCGCCUCUUCCUCCCCGUCCUCAACCUCCAAACAGCUCAUAGUCCUCCCAACACCCUUCGCAGCCCGCACCCCAACCCUGCCAAUUGCCAAGAGUAUAACGAUAGCGAGGAUAGCUACGGCGGAGGGGGUUGAUAAGCGGUAUGAACGGUCUUGGCUGGAUGGGCAGGGGGACGUUUUUGGGGUCCGGGCCAAUGGAAGGGGUUGGGAGGGAGAGCGGAAAGGAGAGGAAGGGAACAAGGAGGGGAAGGAAGAGGGGAUGAGGGUGGUUAGGAGAGGAGAUAUCCUCGCCGUACCUGGGUGGAUCGGCAAACCCCUAACGGAAGAAGAACGUCAAUCAUACCCCCUCCUCCUCCCUCCAUCUUCUUCCAACCCGUACCAAACCCACCAAAAACCCAGACCAUCCACUCUCAUCUACUUUAUAAUAACAUCCAUAGCCUACGACCCCCUCGUGCCCAUCGAAGAAGAUUUCCGCUCGUCGGUGGUUUCAAAAGCGAGAGCGGGGGAGCUUGGGUGUUGGGCCGGAGGAGAAGGAGAGGGGAGGGUGGUUUGGAGUGGGUUGGACAGGGCCACAGUUGGGGGGAGGGGCAGGGAUGGGGGGUGGUUUGGGAUGCCGCCGAGUCCACCACCGUUUUCCAAACAGGCACUUUUGAAGUUGAACGACCUGCUCAGCUCGACUGUUGCUCAUCCGGCCCUCGUUUAUGGUAUACAACUAUCCAUCCUCAUCAAAGGCGCAAGAGGCGCCGGAAAACGGAGUCUCAUAAGACAUACCGCCGAUACACUGGGUUUCAACGUUGUCGAUGUGGAAUGUUAUGAUAUAGUGGGAGAUACCCCGGCGGUUACGGCUGGGACGCUGCAAGCCCGGCUUUCGAAAGCGCAAUCCUGCGCACCGUCGAUUCUCGUGCUUCAUCAUAUUGAAGCGUUGGCUUCCAAGUCGGAAUCGCCCCUCGGCAGACCGCCGCCGGUAGUCAAAAUCAUUCAAGAUCUUCUCGCCGAUGCCAAAAGCCCGCCGGGCAUUUCAAGCGGAGAAGAAACAUGGCCCGUAGUCGUCAUGGCCACCACCUCCGACCCCGACAACGUCCCCUCCGCCCUCCUCGCUUGCUUCAAACAAGAUCUCUCCCUCCUUUCCCCGUCCGAAUCGGAACGGCGAGAUAUCAUCGAAUUUGCUCUAAGGCAGUAUGAUGUUGCAAGGGAUGUGGAUGUGAAGAGUUUGGCGAGGCAGACGGCAGCGCUGAAUGCGGGGGAUAUCGAGUCUCUCGUACUCUGCGCUUGGGAUUAUGCUCUCAAGCGCGCUUCGAGCACCAACUCGCUUCCGCGCGCGCUCCAAGCCGGGGUAUCCCUCACAGCGGCCGAUAUCACAAAAGCAAUCGAUACGGCGAGGAUGGCAUACUCGGAUAGCAUCGGCGCGCCAAAGAUCCCGAAUGUGUCGUGGUCGGAUGUGGGCGGGCUUGCGGAUGUCAAGCAGGAUAUUUUGGAUACGAUUCAACUCCCUCUCGACCGGCCUGACUUGUUCGCAUCAGGGCUAAAGAAGCGCUCGGGUAUUCUUCUGUAUGGACCGCCUGGGACAGGCAAGACGCUGUUGGCGAAGGCUGUCGCCACAUCCUGCUCGCUCAACUUUUUUUCUGUCAAAGGUCCAGAGCUCUUGAACAUGUACAUUGGCGAGUCGGAAGCCAACGUACGACGAGUAUUCGAAAGAGCGAGGGAAGCGAAACCUUGUGUGAUCUUUAUGGAUGAGCUGGACUCGCUAGCGCCGAAGAGGGGGCAGCAGGGCGAUUCGGGUGGAGUUAUGGAUCGGAUUGUGAGCCAGCUGCUUGCAGAGCUCGAUGGCAUGUCGGGUGGGAAAGACGGAGGGGAAGGAGUGUUUGUCAUGGGCGCUACGAAUAGGCCGGACUUGCUUGACCCGGCAUUGCUAAGGCCUGGACGGUUUGACAAGAUGCUCUACCUUUCCAUGCCGACAACGCACACCGCACAAGCCGACAUACUCAAGGCUCUGACGAGGAAGUUCAGGUUGGAUGAAGGGUUGGAUUUGAAAGAGGUGGCAGAAGGGUGUGGGCUGAAUUAUACGGGGGCAGACUUGUACGCCCUCUGUGCCGACGCCAUGCUCAAUGCGAUGACCCGGCAAGCCACCGCUAUCGACACCACCAUCGCCCGCCUCACUUCCCUUGCCCAUUCAUCGCCAUCCUCCAAAACAUGGCCCGGCUUCGUCCUCACCCCGCAAUACUACCUUGCCAAGAUGGCAAAGGAGGAAGAGAUUCAAGUCGUCGUGAAAACGGAAGACUUCUUGGAGGCGAGAGGAAAGUUGGUGGGAAGUGUGAGCGAAGAAGAGCUGGGGCAUUAUGAGAGGGUGAGGAAGGAGUUUCAGGGAUAUGAUAUUGGGGGGAAGAAAGGUGGCGGGGAGCACGAUACGGUGGACGUUGGGAGGAAGGGGAAGGUAGGGCGGAGUCGAUAG